UUGUAGAUAAUAUUAACACAGUAACGAAGAGCAAAAGGCAUUUAACAAUCUCUCAUUUGAUCGAGAAUUAUUCGCGCGAAACAUUCAUCUGGAAACGUGCUGUGAAAAUCGGAUAUAUCAUUUGUCCGUGAUAGUUGUGCGACUAACUCUCUUUGUACCUUAUAACUUAUUUCAUCUGACGUGAUUAAAAUAUUAAUAAAAGUGAAAUAAUUAUUCUACAUUGCGAUAUUAAUUUAUAUAAACACUCGCUUAUCUAUACUGAUAAAAUUACGAAUAUUCAUAACGUUGUGAAGUAAAAUAUAAAGCCAUGAGAAAACGAGUGCAUUAAUAGUGAAUGUAAUAAAAUUCUAAUGAAGAUGAGGAUCUUUUGGAAACAUUUGUUUCUUUGCACCCUGAUCACAUUAUUCAGCAGAAACGCAGCAGACAAAUCUCCCCCUUACGAUGGAACGCUUGUACAAAAUGAGAAUUCUUCACAAGAUGAUGAUUCCAAUGACUAUAGAUUACCAAAUACUGUUAAACCCCUUUCAUACGAUAUUAAAUUUAUUCCAGACUUAGAAAGUAGUUUUACAUUUAAAGGCUACGCCAAAAUUGUUGUUGAAGCAUUAGAAGAAAUUAACAAUGUUACGCUGCAUGUGGGAAAUAUCAAAAUUGAAUUAAUAACUAUAAGCUCAUAUGACCUUAAAAAUUUUAAUGAGACAUAUGACAAUACUACCGAAAAACUCACUCUUCAUCUUCCAAAAACUAUCAAGAAAGGUAGAAAACUAGAAAUUAAUUUUGAAUACACCGGAAUCUUAUCUGACAAUAUGAUUGGAUUUUAUAGAAGUUCUUAUAUCGAAAAUGGAACUACUAAAUGGCUAGCUGCGACACAAUUUCAAACAACACAUGCGAGACAUGCUUUUCCAUGCUUCGACGAACCGAAUUAUAAAGCAACUUUUACAAUUCGUAUAGCAAGAGGUACCAAUUACGUAUCCCUCAGUAACAUGCCAUUGCUAAAUUCUGAACAAUUAGCGCCGGGAGGCAAGAUAUGGGAUGUUUUUGAGCAAACUGUUCCAAUGCCCACCUACUUAGUAGCCUUCGUUAUUUCGGAAUUUAAAAAUUACUCCAAUGAAGCAAACAAUUUUACAGUAUGGUCCAAACCAUCCACCAUUAAUCAGACUAAUUAUGCUUUGGAUAUCGGUAUUCGAGCCCUCGAGCUAUUCCACAAAAAGUUCAACCAAGAGUAUGUGCUCCCUAAAAUGGACAUGAUAGCCGUACCUGACUUCUCAGCAGGAGCUAUGGAAAAUUGGGGAUUGGUGACAUAUCGCGAGUCCCGAAUGCUGUACGACGAAGAAGAAUCAUCGGCGUUGGCACAACAAAGUGUAGCUUCUGUGAUUGCUCACGAGCUUACCCAUAUGUGGUUCGGAAAUUUGGUAACGCCAGAAUGGUGGAGCUAUCUUUGGCUUAGCGAAGGGUUCGCCCGAUACUUCCAAUACUUUGGCACUGCGGAGCUUGAGGACAAAUGGGAUAUGGACAAACAAUUCGUAGUGGAGCAACAUCAGUCUGCAUUAAUAGCGGACAGUGUUGAACCGUCUCUUCCGAUGACUCGCCCAGUUUUGACUACAUCGCAAAUCGCAGGGGUAGGAGAUACCAUUACCUAUAAUAAAGGAGCCAGUAUUAUCCGUAUGAUGAACCUUAUAUUCGGACCCGAAAAGUUUAAAAUGGGAUUACAAGCAUACAUACGAAACAGUUUCUAUCGUGUAAAUUAUGAUCAUAAUGGCUGGAAACGCAUUUUUAAUGCCUUGACAAAAAUUGACAACCUCGAUGACAUACAUGUAUUAAAUAGAGCUGCCCUUGUAGAUGAUCUAUUAAAUUUGGGUAGAGCAGGGUAUCAAGAUAAUGCUUUCGUUUUGGAAAACUUGCUUUAUCUUAAGAGAGAAACGAAUUAUUUGCCCUUUAAAGCAGCAUUUAAUGGUUUAGAAUACUUUAAUAAGCGAUUUUCAGGAUCCACGGAUGAACACUUUUUGUUUAAGUUGUACGUUCUGGUUCUUCUCGAAGAAGUACGUUUUAAGUUAGGAUAUGAGGAUCGCGAUAAUGAUGACAGAUUAACAAUUCUCUUACGACGAGAAGUGAACAACUGGGCUUGCAAUUUUGAUGACGAUGAAUGCGUAACAAAUUACAGAAAUAAAUUUACACAAUGGAAAGCAAACGAUAAUCUCCGCAUCAAGCCAAACGAAAGGACCACAGCAUAUUGUGUAGCUGUAAAACAUGGAUCCUACGAAGACUGGGAAUUUUUAUGGAAUGAAUACAAGAAUUCUAAUCACGCAGCUGAUCAAGUAGUGAUUCUAAACGCUUUGGGAUGCAGUCAGAAUAAAACCAUCUUAGAAAAAUAUCUGAAAUAUGCCAUUACUCCCUUUGAAACCAGCAAAAUUCGUAAACAAGACAGCACAACUGUUUUCGCCGCCGUUUAUAAUUCUGGUCUGCUUGGAGCCGAAUAUAUUCUUGAUUUUGUUGAAAAAUAUCAUAAAGACUUGGAGAAUUACUAUGGAGGACAGAGUACAAUAGCUAGCAUCCUCGAUGGAGCGUCGCAACGUUUCUCUACAAGCUAUUUAGUAAACAAAUUCGAAGAUUUCAUAAGCAAGCAUAAAGCGGACUUUGUCUCAAUCCAAAAAUCUCUGGACUAUUCCUUAAAGGUCGCUAAAUACGAGUUGAGUUGGCAUAAGACCAAUUCGAAAUCUAUGAUUCCAUGGCUGCGGACAUAUAUUGAAAACGUAUUUCGUAUACCUUCGAAUAUAGAACCUAAAAAAUACGACAUUACCAUAAAACCCCAUUUUGAGAACUUUACCUUCGAUGGAAAGGUGAAAAUUGAGGCUGAAGUUAUAAAGCCGACAACAAAAAUUGUUUUGCAUUCGUCAGAAAUUAAAAACCAUGAAGUGAAUGUGACAAAAGUGGCCAAUAACAAAACAAUGACUAUCAGACAUACAAAAAUUGAUAAACCAUAUGACUUCUUUAUAAUUUAUCUCAAUACUGAACUGACAACUGGAAAGAUAUUGAUCGAUAUCACAUACAAAGGUCAUUUGAAUGCGACAGAGCUUCGUGGCUUCUACAAAAGUUCUUACGUAGAUAAUGACAAAAAUACAAGAUGGCUAGCAGCCUCACACUUGGAACCUGUUGGUGCUAGAAAAAUGUUCCCUUGCUUCGAUGAACCAGCAAAGAAAGCGGAAUUCAUUGUUCAAGUUAGCGUACCACGAGAUUACACAGCAAUCAGCAAUAUGGACUGGCGUAAUAUCGAAAAAGUUGAAGGCCGUCUAUUAUACUCGUUUUAUAAAACAGUAAAGAUGUCGACGUAUCUUGUGGCAGUUAUCGUUUCUGAUUUUGCAUGUAAAACUGUAAAAACGGACAAUCCUGAAUUAUCUGUAUGCGCACGUCCUAACGCCAUUAGCCAAACCGAAUACGCUUCAUCCGUAAUGCAUCCAUUGGUGGAAUUCUUCGAAACCACGUACAACCAGUCGUAUCAAUUACCAAAGCUUUCUAUGGCAGCAUUGCCUGAUUUCGGAUCAGGCGCCAUGGAGAAUUGGGGUCUUUUAACGUAUAGAGAAGCAAGUAUGUUAUAUGAUGAGAAUCAUUCGCCGAUUACAAACAAGCAGAGUAUCAGGAACGUGAUUGCUCAUGAGAUCUCCCAUCAAUGGUUUGGAAAUUUGGUCAGUCCUUUAUGGUGGAGUUAUCUGUGGUUGAAUGAAGGAUUUGCCAGAUACUUUGAAUAUUUUGCUCCCGCUCGAACAUUUAAUGACACGACGAUGGACUCGCAAUUCGUGGUAGAUCAAAUACAUUCUGCUUUCAGUGUAGAUAGUUCCAUAUCUACACAUCCUAUGAGUCACGAUGUAAUGACUGUUCCUGAAAUUCGAGGUAUAUUCGAUACAAUCACUUAUGCCAAAGGUGCUAGCAUAUUGAGAAUGAUUGAAAAGACGUACGGAAUCAAAAUCUUUAACGAUGCAUUAAUUAAUUACCUUAACGAACGGAAAUACGAGGUUGCCACGCCGGAAGAUUUGUAUAAAUCUCUGCAAAAAUAUAUACAAGAUCGUAAUAUCACAACUGUCUUAAACACAUGGACACGUCAAUCCGGCUAUCCUGUUGUUAAUGUCCGAGUUACAAACACUGUUGUAUUUAUGAUGCAAGAACGUUUCUUCCUUAAAAAAAAUAAUUCUAACACUAUGUGGCACAUUCCGAUCACAUGGACAACAGUUCAAAAUAGUUCCGAAGAUUUUGAUACCACACCAAAAUUAUGGUUGACCACAAAAGCAAAAAGAAUUGAAAUGUCAUCACAAUCACCCUGGAUAUUCAAUAUACAGCAAUCAGGCUAUUAUCGUGUAAAUUAUAACGAGAAACAUUGGAUGGAUCUGAUUGAUUAUCUUAAUCAUGAGGAUUUCGAAACAAUUCAUGAAAUUAAUCGCGCAGCACUAAUUGAUGAUCUGAUGAAUCUUGCAAGAGCAAACUACACCAGUUAUAAAACUGUUAUAUCAGCUACAAUGUAUUUGCAAAGAGAAACAAAUUAUUUUCCCUGGCGCGCAUUUUUCAAUAAUCUGCCUUAUUUGGAAAAACGUUUUGCGGGGCGCGAUAUCGAAAGCUUGUACAAAGAAUGGUUAACAUUAUUAGUAAAACAGCUUUAUACACAAUUAGGCUUUGAGGAUAAUGGAAGUGAUAAUGAUCUAACUAAAAUGUUAAGAAUAUAUGCUCGUAAUUGGGCAUGUAAAUUAGAUGUAGCAGAUUGUAAAUUCUACGCUGCAAAAUAUCUUCAAAAGAAACAACAUUCACGAACAAUCCCACCAAAUUAUCGCGAUGUCGUUUACUGUACAGCCAUGAGAUCGGAUAAGACAAUCAAUACUUACAAUUUCCUAUGGAAGGAAUACUUGAACAGUAAUGUGCAUACAGACAAACUUGUAAUUCUUAACGCGUUGGCUUGUUCAGAGAACAAAAUUGUUUUAGAAAAGCUAUUGCGAGAUGCAGUCGCAGAGAAUUCACCCAUACGAUACCAAGAUAGUGCAAAAGUAUUCUCCAGUGUUUAUGAUGCAAGUUUAAUUGGUGUUGAAGUUGUCAUGCAAGUUAUUGAAAAAUAUUAUGAUGAUAUACUGCGUCAACAUUUUUAUGAUUAUACAAAAAUUGGAAAUAUAGUUAGCGCUUUGGCAAGCAGACUAUCUACUUCUGAACUCUACAAUCAGUAUCAAAAAUUACUUACCUGGUUAGUUGAUAAGGAACCGGAAUUCGAGACAUCCGUCCAAUCUUAUUUGGCAACGGCGAAGUAUGAAUUUGAUUGGUAUGACAAGAAUGUACCAGUAAUUUUUGAGACAUUAGACAAUCUAUUUCCACACUACACGUACCGCUUGCCGAAGACACUUCAUCCAAAACUGUACAAUAUAGAUCUUACACCUGAUAUGGAAAAAGGAACCUUCGAAGGAACAGUAGAAAUAAAAAUCGCAGUUCGAGAAAGUACUUCAUUAAUAGUUUUGAAUUCUCACCAUCUCACUACAGAGUCAAAUAUCAAAGUCUUCAGAGACAACUUAGAAAUAAAAUUAUUGAAUCAUACAAAACGUAUUCCUCAACAACAAAUUAGAUUAUAUUUAUCCGAAUACCUACAUGUGGACGAGGAAGUAACAGUGAAAAUCAAUUUUAAUGGAACUCUUAAUGAUAAUAUGAACGGAUUUUAUCGCAGUUCUUAUUUCGAUCAAGAUGGAAAGCUACAUUGGCUAGCUACAACACAAUUCGAGCCUACAUAUGCCAGACAAGCCUUUCCCUGCUUCGACGAACCAGCGUUUAAAUCGAAAUUCACAAUUAACAUUCAAAAAUUAAAGAAAUACAACGCAUUGAGUAAUAUGCCAGUAAAUACAACAGCAUCACCUAAACCACCAAAGAACGAAAAUUAUACAUGGGUCACAUUCCAAACUAGCGUUGAAAUGUCGUCAUAUCUAGUGGCGUUUGUUAUCUCCGAAUUUAAAUCUGCGAAACCUGAGAAUGCAAUUGUCAAUGUAUGGGGUAGACCGGAAGUCAUAAAACACGGCAAUUACGCUCAAGAUAUCGGCAAAAAGAUUAUCAACGCAUUAGAAAAUUUCACGAAUAUUAAUUAUGCUUUACGCAAACUAGACUUGGUCGGAAUUCCAGAUUUUUCAAAUGGCGCGAUGGAAAACUGGGGUCUUGCUACCUUCCGUGAAUACGGACUCUUCUACGAUAAAAACGAAAUCACAGCCUCAAGCGAAAGAUACCUAAUCACCGUAAUAGCCCAUGAACUUACUCAUAUGUGGUUUGGAAAUCUAGUUACUUGCGAAUGGUGGGAUUACAUUUGGCUUAAUGAAGGUUUUGCGCAAUAUUUCGAAUCGUUCAUAUCCGAUCGGAUACUGCCAGAUUACAAGUUCAUGGAUCAAUUUGUGGUUUACGAGCUGCAAGCUGCUCUAUCAGAAGAUGAUUCGCUUUCAGCACAUCCAAUGACAAAUCCCGUUGAAACACCAGAGGAAAUAGCUGACGUUUUUGACUAUGUCACUUACGGAAAAUCUGCCAGUGUCUUACGAAUGAUGUUUAACGCAUUUGACGAAGAAAUUCAUUUAAAAGCACUCCGCAAUUAUCUAACAAAACGACAAUACAAGACGUCACGUCCUACGGAUUUAUGGGAAAGCUUCGAAUCACUUACAUCGGUACCAAUUAACGAAGAGAGAAACGCAAGCGUCGAGGAAGUGAUGAAUACCUGGACGAAUCAGCCGGGAUAUCCUAUCGUCACUGCUACUUUAGAUGGUUUUCUAUUAACGCUUACUCAGGAACGAUUCCUAAUGGAUAGAAAUGUCUCUAGCGACGAAUUUUAUUGGAUACCAAUUGAAAUAUUUGUCCCAGCCGAUUACUUCAAUUCUUUUACUUUAAAACACAAAUUUUGGCUAGGAGCAGAACCUGUAAAGACAUUUAUCAAUCCGACUAACGAUUGGUUCAUCGUGAAUUACAAACAAACCGGCUUCUAUCGUGUAAAUUAUGACGCUGAAUCAUGGCAACGAUUAAUUACCAAAUUGAAUAAUAAAGAAUUCGAAGCUAUCGACGUCUUAAAUCGUGCCCAAAUUGUAGACGAUCUCUUUAAUUUGGCUCGCGCUGGUUACGUAGACUAUGAAUUAUUGUUGAACGCAACGAAAUAUUUGAAACAGGAAACGAAUCACUUACCCUGGAAAGCGUUCUUCAACGGCCUAUCCUACGUCUAUGAAAGAUUUGAAAACACCAUAUUUCAACAUAAUUUAAGCCAAUACGUUUUGAAUUUAUUAUCUAACAUGACUGAAAAGAUAAAUUUCAUUGAUAACGAAAAUGACAAACAUUUAGAUAAGUUAAAUCGAGAACUGAUUCUCCAAUGGACUUGCAAGCUUAAUCAACACGAAUACAUCUUAAAAUCUGUGGAACUAUUUAAGGCUUGGCGUAAUGAUUCUUCUAAACGAAUUCCAAUUAAUGCACGACCAGCUGUCUAUUGCACUGCAUUGAAAUACGGAACUCCGGAGGAUUGGGAAUUUCUGUGGAAACAAUAUCUAACGACAAACUUUGCAACGGAAAAGAAGAUCAUUAUAAAGGCACUUGGAUGCUCAACAAACAGAGAAGUGCUUCAAAGAUACUUGAAAGAAGCCAUUGAAAUACAGAAAAAUCCUGCAAACUCUAAAAUUCGACGACAAGACGUUUCAGCAGUAUUUAGUUCCGUAUAUAGCACAGGUUCAAUUGGAGUAAAUGUUACCCUCGACUUUUUAUUAAUAAAUGUCAGGCAUAUACACAGUUAUUUCGACAAUUGGGACGAUGUCGCAAGUUUGCUUGUUAAUGUAGCAUCACAUGUAUCAAGUGAAUAUCAACGAGACAAGGUGUUACUGUUCGUCGAACUUUAUUCAGACCUACAUCCUCCAUCAGCCAGAGAAAAAUUAUUUUCUGCAAUUAAUACUGCGGAAACUAAUUUAAUAUGGUUGACAAAUAAUGGUCCUAAAAUUAGGGAAUGGAUAACGAAACUCCAGCCUCAAAAAGGAAACAGUUCUCCAAGGAUUGAAUCAUUUAAUGUCAUUUCUAUGAUUUUUAUUGCUUUAAUAUCAUACUUUUUAAGCUAUUACUAAAAAACUUAAAAUUAAAUUAAAUUAAAUUAAAAAUAA